GAAAGGGAAAGAAAUACUGCGCAAAUACAAAAUGAAAUAAAACUAUUUUUUAUGAAAAGAUAUGAUGGGUCAGCAGAAAAAUGGAGAGACAAAAUCGCGCGAAAUACCUAGCUAGUCAGAGCAUAGACAAGCCCUCCGCUCGGCCGCUUUAACCUAGAUCGCUAGCUAGGGGCGGGACCAAGGAAAAAAAAAAAAAAGAGCGAGGCGCAAUCUGCUGUGAUUCACCUUUAUAUGACUCUUUUCAGAGUCUUUCACCUCGCAGUCUCUCCUUUCGAGUCGUCCCCUCUUAUAUCGUUCAAUCGUUCGAUCGGGAGUCAUGGCUUCGGCAUCCCGCGCCCUCAGGGCUCUCGCGCCGCGUCAAUUGACUGUCGCGAAGGUUCCUAGGAACCCCCCAUCUAGGUUGCUCACGACGUCAUCCCGUCAAGCCGCCGUGCCUGCGCGAGCCGCCACCCGGGCGAAGGUCAACAACACCAGGACAGCGACGGUCACCCGCCAGUUCAGAAGACAAUAUGCCGACGCGGCGGCGCCAAAGAGGCCCAGGAGGUUCAGGGUAUUUAGAUGGACCUGGAGAUUAACUUACCUCUCGCUCCUGGGUGGCAUUGGCUACGUUGGCUAUGGCAUCUACCAGGACAGGCACCCUGAACCCCAGGCCGACGCAGAUCCAACCAAGAAGACACUGGUCAUACUAGGGACCGGAUGGGGCUCUGUUUCGCUGCUCAAGAAGCUCGACACGGAGAACUACAACGUCGUGGUCAUCUCGCCGCGCAACUACUUCCUCUUCACGCCGCUCCUCCCCUCCUGCACGACCGGCACGGUCGAGCACCGGUCCAUCAUGGAGCCCAUACGGACGAUCCUGCGGCACAAGAAGGCGGCGGUCAAGUUCUACGAGGCCGAGGCCAGCUCGAUCGACCCGGAGCGCAAGGUGGUGCGCAUCGCGGACAAUUCCGAGGUGCAGGGCGACAUGACGGAGACGGAGGUGCCGUACGACAUGCUCGUGAUCGGCGUUGGGGCCGAGAACGCCACCUUUGGCAUCCCCGGCGUGCGCGAGCACUCGUGCUUCCUCAAGGAGAUUGGCGACGCGCAGCAGAUCCGCAAGAAGAUCAUGGACUGCGUCGAGACGGCGGCCUUCAAGGACCAGACCCCCGAGGAGGUCGACCGGCUGCUGCACAUGGUCGUCGUGGGCGGCGGGCCGACGGGCGUCGAGUUUGCCGGCGAGCUGCAGGACUUCUUCGAGGAGGACAUCCGGAAGCUGGUCCCGGACAUCAGCGACCGGUUCCGCGUCACCCUGAUCGAGGCCCUGCCCAACGUCUUGCCCAGCUUCUCCAAGCAGCUGAUCGACUACACCGAGAGCACCUUCAAGGAGGAGAAGAUCGACGUCCGGACCAAGACCAUGGUCAAGAAUGUGACGGACAAGACGGUCGAGGCGCAGGUCACGGGCCCGGACGGCGAGAAGCAGACCAUCAUCUUCCCCUACGGCCUGCUCGUGUGGGCGACGGGCAACGCGGUGCGUCCCGUGGUCAAGGACCUCAUGUCCCGGAUCCCCGCGCAGAAGGACUCGCGGCGCGGACUGGCGGUGAACGAGUACCUGGUAGUGCAGGGCACGCGCGACAUCUGGGCGGUGGGCGACUGCGCCGUGGCCGGGUACGCACCGACGGCGCAGGUGGCGGGCCAGGAGGGCAGCUUCCUGGCGCGGCUGUUCAACAACAUGGCGCAGACCCAGGCGCUCGAGGACAAGAUUAGCGACCUGAGCUCGUCGCUCAACCUGCAGCCCGGCGACGCCGCCGAGGCCUCGCGCCGCCUCGAGGAAUACCAGCGCCAGCUGCGCCGCAUCAAGAACAUCAAGCCCUUCCACUACAGCCACCAGGGCAGCCUGGCCUACAUCGGCAGCGAGAAGGCCGUUGCCGACGUCAGCUGGUUCAACGGCAAUGUCGCCGCCGGCGGGAGACUGACCUACCUGUUCUGGAGGAGCGCGUAUCUGUCCAUGUGCUUUAGCUCGCGGAAUCGCCUCCUCGUGUUGAACGACUGGUUCAAGUCGAAGCUCUUUGGCCGUGAUGUCUCAAGAGAAUAAACAGAAUGGGAUAUACUCGUAGGGUACAUUUUUCCUUUAUAUGGGCCAUAUGCCUACCUACCUUACCUAUACUUAAUUCCCCAUGGACCGCGGGUUUUGUGUGUUCAAUUACCAAGAGAGGGAAGAGCUCGGCGAGUCUGUGGGAAGGGCAUUCUUCCUUCCUUCCAUGGAUGCUGCCUUCCUAUCGGAGUCAGUGGGUGCCACACGUAAAGGAGGACAUGAAAUGGAAUGGGGGUGAUAUGGAAUCAUUUUAUAGACUGGUUUAUAAUAGACUGCAGCCGUUUCUAGUUGCCAACCCAACCAUGAGCCGCCCAUCCAGAUCUGUCAACAAGAAUCCC